AUGGGCGAGACAAAUCAUAUUUACAUUCCACAUCCUCAGCCACCCCCGGCGGAUAUUGGAAGCGGGUCCGAUCACGAAGGGGUCCAAGUUCGUAAAAAGCCGCAACUCGCUUAUUCCCUUGAGCGUCUGCUUUCCGAUUCGUCAGCGCUUUCCUAUUUCAUUCAAUAUCUCGAAUCAUGCGAAAAACUGAAUUUAAUCAAGUUUUGGAUGCACGUUCAAGGGUUCAAGGCCAGCUUUUCCGAGGGAGUUCAAGCCGCUCAUGAAUUGUCGCUUAAAGACGCCAAACGCAUCUACGGCAAAUAUAUCGAUGAGAAUUCGACGUCGUCAUUGGUUUUGCCGAAAAAAAUUCGCCAGUAUGUCGAUGAGCAAAUGAUGAAAAACCCGAUAUGCUCGACAUGCUUCGAUGAUGCUCAGCAUUUUGUAAGACAACUCUUUGAAUAUAGAUAUUUCGAGGAAUUCAAAUUAAGCGUCUACUAUAAAAAGCACGAGCUUGAAGCGUUGACAAACGGCUGUAGUUUGAUUGAUAUUCUGAAAGUUCAGCCGCUUCUUCUCGCUUUUCUCGAAUUCAUCAAAUCCAAGGAUGACCACAAUAUGCUGCAAUUUCUGUUGGGUUGCGAUAGUUUUGAGGCGAAUUUCGAUUCGAUGGAAGAUUCGGAAGCAUUAGAUGACGCGAUGGCAUUGUAUGACAAGUAUUUCUCGAUGCAGGCCACUAAUAUGAUCGAUCUUGGUCCGGCGAUUCGAGCCGAAAUCGAGUCAUUGAUUUGCGACGAGUCCGGGCGGCCCAGUCGAUCAGCUUUUCAAACCGCCAAAGUCGCCUGCCAGAUAAAGCUGCAAGAUAAAUACCUUUCUGACUUUGUUCGCUCCGCCCACUAUGAUGGAUAUCUUGGCGAACUCGCGAAUUUCAUUGAUAACACGAUCGAACUACCUAGAAAAAAUCGAUCGUAUCGCGCUGGCAGCUCGUCGGACGUCAACUCAUCGGCGGACUCGCUGACGACAGCAUUCACGAAGCAUUUCGAGAAGGUCGUCGACAUUGAUCGUACGCCGACGGCCACACCGAGCCCGUCGAAGCGUCAGACGUCGACGCCGAAAACGCCGAGGAGCAGCCGAUUGGCGGAGAUUGACGAGCUCGGGAGAUAUCAUGCGUUGUACGACGACACCCAUACGCAUACACCAAAAGCUCCAACAAGACUAAAAUCGACACUUCGAAAAUAUUUGGACAAAAGCACGUUGCGCGAAGAGGAAAUCGCCGAAGAAGUAGCGCGUACGAUAAUCGAAGACAUGCAGAAUAUGGUGGCUCAAUCGCGUCUACAGUAA